AUGUCAGACAGAAGAGGACAUGUCAGACACAAGAGGACAUGUCAGACACAAGAGGACAUGUCAGACACAAGAGGACAUGUCAGACACAAGAGGACAUGUCAGACACAAGAGGACAUGUCAGACAGAAGAGGACAUGUCAGACACAAGAGGACAUGUCAGACAGAAGAGGACAUGUCAGACACAAGAGGACAUGUCAGACACAAGAGGACAUGUCAGACACAAGAGGACAUGUCAGACAGAAGAGGACAUGUCAGACACAAGAGGACAUGUCAGACACAAGAGGACAUGUCAGACAGAAGAGGACAUGUCAGACAGAAGAGGACAUGUCAGACAGAAGAGGACAUGUCAGACAGAAGAGGACAUGUCAGACAGAAGAGGACAUGUCAGACACAAGAGGACAUGUCAGACAGAAGAGGACAUGUCAGACACAAGAGGACAUGUCAGACAGAAGAGGACAUGUCAGACAGAAGAGGACAUGUCAGACAGAAGAGGACGUGUCAGACACAAGAGGACAUGUCAGACACAAGAGGACAUGUCAGACACAAGAGGACAUGUCAGACAGAAGAGGACAUGUCAGACAGAAGAGGACAUGUCAGACAGAAGAGGACAUGUCAGACAGAAGAGGACAUGUCAGACAGAAGAGGACAUGUCAGACAGAAGAGGACAUGUGAGACAGAAGAGGACAUGUCAGACAGAAGAGGACAUGUGAGACAGAAGAGGACAUGUCAGACACAAGAGGACAUGUCAGACAGAAGAGGACAUGUCAGACACAAGAGGACAUGUCAGACAGAAGAGGACAUGUCAGACACAAGAGGACAUGUCAGACAGAAGAGGACAUGUCAGACACAAGAGGACAUGUCAGACACAAGAGGACAUGUCAGACAGAAGAGGACAUGUCAGACACAAGAGGACAUGUCAGACACAAGAGGACAUGUCAGACACAAGAGGACAUGUCAGACACAAGAGGACAUGUCAGACAGAAGAGGACAUGUCAGACACAAGAGGACAUGUCAGACAGAAGAGGACAUGUCAGACAGAAGAGGACAUGUCAGACACAAGAGGACAUGUCAGACAGAAGAGGACAUGUCAGACACAAGAGGACAUGUCAGACACAAGAAGACAUGUCAGACAGAAGAGGACAUGUCAGACACAAGAGGACAUGUCAGACACAAGAGGACAUGUCAGACACAAGAGGACAUGUCAGACAGAAGAGGACAUGUCAGACAGAAGAGGACAUGUCAGACAGAAGAGGACAUGUCAGACACAAGAGGACAUGUCAGACACAAGAGGACAUGUCAGACAGAAGAGGACAUGUCAGACACAAGAGGACAUGUCAGACAGAAGAGGACAUGUCAGACACAAGAGGACAUGUCAGACAGAAGAGGACAUGUCAGACACAAGAGGACAUGUCAGACACAAGAGGACAUGUCAGACAGAAGAGGACAUGUCAGACAGAAGAGGACAUGUCAGACAGAAGAGGACGUGUCAGACACAAGAGGACAUGUCAGACAGAAGAGGACAUGUCAGACACAAGAGGACAUGUCAGACAGAAGAGGACAUGUCAGACACAAGAGGACAUGUCAGACACAAGAGGACAUGUCAGACAGAAGAGGACAUGUCAGACACAAGAGGACAUGUCAGACAGAAGAGGACAUGUCAGACACAAGAGGACAUGUCAGACACAAGAGGACAUGUCAGACAGAAGAGGACAUGUGA